AGGCUCGUGCGCGCGGAAGAGAGAAGGGGCAGCUCGGCCGGCCGUGCCGCAACCUCGUCGCAUGUGACGUCGCUCAAGGAUCGCUGGGUGCCCAAUGCAAGCGUCAACUCGGAGUCGUCAUGUGUUAGCCGUCCGACACGCCCUAGCGGAGCCAGCCGGGCCACGCGCGCCAGUGCAGCCCUACUGUGAGGAAGGCUGAUGGCGGUUCGCGUGCGAGUGCUACAGUCGCUGGUGCUGGCGCUGGUGUGCCUGUCUCUGGUCGUGUACUCGUCUUACUACGCGACUGCCUCGGGACCGUCGGGGCCGCCGCUGCCGCCGCAGGCCGCCCAGCGCGCCCCGGGCCCUUCGCCACCGUCGCUGAGCCCCGCCGCCGCGGCCCCGAACGCGGACGCGGCCGCUAGCAGGGCGAGCAGGAACGCGUCCACCUUGCAGGAGGACCCGCUGAGCAAUGGCUCGCUGCUGGUGGGCGGCGUCAACGCGUCCACCAUCGCGGAGGAGGUGGGCGCCGUCAUCGUGGGGGUGGGCUCGGUGAGCCUGGCCAACGGCGGCACGGGCUUGGGCGGCGUGACCAGCCGGGCCGCCUCGCCCAGCGGGCCCGCCGCCCCCGCCGCCCCCGCGCUCCUCAACACCCCCGCCGCCGCCGCCGCCUCCGGGCCCGGGGGCGGCGCGAGGCCCAACGCCACCCUCAGCACGCCGGCCCCGGCCCCCAGCGGGCCCGGGGGCGGCGCGAGGCCCAACGCCACCCUCAGCACGCCGGCCCCGGCCCCCAGCGGCGGCGGCGGCGGCGGCAGCAUCCAGAGGAUCCCGCCCCCGCCCAAGGACGGCAACGCCACCCUGGACGCCACCGUCAAGGGCGUCAUCACGAGGUCCAUCUACGAGUCGGGCCAUGACGUGGCCAACCUCGAGAUCUGUCCGGACCUGGGCAGGAACCUGCAGGUGUUCAUUGCUGUUACCUCAGCGCCUAGUCACCGAGAGGCACGGAUGGCUGUUCGUCAAACAUGGGGACACUUUCAACAACGAAGCGACAUUGCCAUCGCAUUCAUGCUGGGAGCCACGAAUAACCCGCAAUUAGAGAAAAGUCUUGGAGAAGAAGCAGCAAUGUACAAUGAUUUGAUUAGGGGACGAUUUUUAGAUUCCUACAAUAAUCUUACACUCAAGACCAUAUCCAUGUUAGAGUGGGUGGACAAUUACUGUUCUGAAGUGAAGUUCAUUUUAAAAACAGAUGAUGAUAUGUUCAUAAAUGUGAAUAAACUCAUGGCUUUUAUUAGCAAGCAUGCUGAUGUGAAGCGAACAAUCUUUGGAAGAUUAGCCAAAAAGUGGAAACCCAUUAGGAAUAAAAAGUCAAAGUAUUAUGUCUCGCCACAACAGUACAAACGAGUGGUAUUUCCCGAUUUCACAACCGGUCCUGCAUACCUUAUGUCUCAAGAUGUGGUUCAUGAUCUGUAUACUGCUGCAUUGAAACAAAUGUACCUGAAGCUGGAAGAUGUGUACACCACCGGUAUUGUUGCUCAUUCUGUCAAUGUUAAAAGAGUGCAUGUGAAUGAAUUUUUGAACAAGCGAGUUGCUUUCAAUGCAUGCAAUAUACAAAAGGGCAUUAGUAUACAUAUGGUCAAAUACCAUGAACAAUUUGACCUCUGGAAAAAAUUAUUAGACGGUCGAACAAAAUGCAAAUAGAUGAAAGCACGAAAAUUUAAGUCAUUGUUAUCAGCGUAUUCAAGUGUAGCUUGUUAUGUGUUUUUAAGUUAUUUUAGUUAAUAACAGAUCAUUUAUAAUUUAUUGUUCCAUUGCUCCCUCUCUGCUCCAAAACCUCUAGUGCAAUAUAGAGAUAAAAGUUCAUGUGGCCAUCGUUAUAUAUGUUUGUUUUUUUACAGAUUAAUGUAUGUUGUAUUAUUUUAAGUGAUUUAUACUGGUUAUAAAUCUUUAAAAAAGAGAGAGAUUGUUGUUGUGAAGAUGCAUAGCUUUGAUGGGGCAUGUCUUUCACACACUUUAGAAGCAUUUAUUCAGGGAGUUGUAAAUAAUGUUUUUAUUUUACAUGGCAUUCACUCAUAGUAUUACCUUUCCAUGGAUACAAUUGUUUCUUAAAAUUUUAACCUGGGUCAUAAUAAAUUUAUUUGAGGUUUGUGUGUUUGUUCUCAUGAAAGUCAUUUUAACUCUAUAAUCAUAAAAACAUUUACUCUAAUGUUGAUAAAAUCAAAACAUCUUGCUUUUGUGGGAAUACCAAUCUAAUGUUACUUGUAUUGGUGUAUUGACCUUACAAAUCCAAGAUCUGGUUGUGAAUAUCAGUUUGUAAGAGUGCAGCUUAUUAAAUCAGAAUCAAGCUGAAUGAACAUGUGAUAAACUGGGAUAUGCUUGCUUCUCUAGAUUUUUUGUUCUCCUUUGUUUGUUACAGGGGUUUUAGUUCUAUCAGAUAGUUCCUGAUAAAUGAUGUAUUACUGAAUGCAUUCUGUGCCCCUAGUUAGACUUUACUCCUUUAGAAAAUAUUACACAUUAUGAUUCAAAAGAGUGCCGUAUACAUUGUAGUAUAGGGACAUUAAUAUGAAUUGUUAUUUAUUGAGACUGCUUAAUUAUAAUAUUUUAAUAGUAUGGAUCUUGCUUCUUAAAAUUAGAUUCUUCAUAUUCAUAGAACUUGUACUUAUAUUAAGGCAACCAUUGUAGCACAAAGUCAUCACAUAUUUUAACUUCCACUCACCAUCUCUCAACAGGUCUCUCUUAUAACUUAUAUCCCACAAAUUACCAUUGUGAUAUUACUCUUAAUUCCACAGAACAACUUUAUAAUACCUAUGUAAAGAUGAACCCACCCUCCAGCAAGUUGGGAUUAUUUUAAUUUAUUGUGAUUGAGGCAUGAGCCGUUUCCCUACAAGGUGUUUUUGGAAAGAUUUUCAUCUGAAUUUGAGAAUUGCAACAUAAUUUAAAGUGCUGUGCUGUUGAACCUUUCAAUGAAGCAAAUUUUGUUUUUAGAAUGUGAAUUCUUCCCAUCAACACCUCUUGACAUUAAAUAUCAUUUGAGUAUUUCUCAAAAUCUUCCUUCUUUUGCAUCAUGAUUGAUGUGUCGUUGCAUUCAUAAUUGCGAAGUAUACCUUCAAAAUAGUUGUGAAAAAUGUAUUACUGAUAAGUUCAUAAAUCAUUCAAACUCUUAAAUCAGUUUGCCCAUACUAGCUGAUGUUGAUUUGUUGUCUGAGAUAACAUACUCAUAUUUGCCUUCGUAAGUGAACAAGUUUUCUAUUGGUGUAAGUGUUUAGUAACAAGGAGUGCAAAUGUUCUAGGCGUUUAUGAAAAUUGCAAGAACUAUUUGUUAAUAGUGUACUGUAUGCAAUGUGAAAGAAGGCACAAUGAACUUCUUCAUUGAGGUUGAGAAGACACUAAAUAUAAAUUCAGGUUAAAUAUUUGUUAUGAAAUUUAGGAUUUGUCAUUUAAUCAGGAUACUCCUGGACCAUUGAUGCUUAGUUUCCAUUUUAAGUGAGAAGAAAUUAAUUGUUAUAUUGAAGGAGAUAUACACAACAGCGACAAGACUGUAUCUAUUUUUGUAUUACUGUGACAUAAUAAUUUGCUUUGCUUUGUUACUUUAAUCGUCAAAGAGAGUAGCUCAGUGGCCAUUUGACAAAAGUGUAUGACGCCUCCUUUUUCUUUUUCUUCUAUUUCCCCCCCUUCAUCCUUCAGUGUAUUAUAUUUGCUUACAGUUAGUGGUGCAGCGGAGAUCCUUUGAACAUGGAAAUAGGCAUUGGAAUUAUACUUAUGACGUGUCAUUUUGAACUCCUUGCAUUUAUUUACUGAUAUUGACCACUUGCUGUUCACACCAACUGCUUUGUCCUAGACAGAGCAUUGUGCUAUAUUGAUAAAUAAUGGAGAUUGCUGAUAGGUAAAGAAGAGAUUUCCACUCUGUGGGUACUCUACAUCAAGACAGAAAUGAAUGAGUGGCUUCACCAAUUUUGUUGCUAGCUGUCCAAAGUGCUACAGGCUAUGAACUAAGGAAAAAAGUUUCAUUGUGUAAGCUGGUGGUUUUGAUGCCGUGUCUCUGAACAGUGUAACCUUUAUGUACCAUGUAAACCACUUUAUUUUGGAAUUUCAUUCUUCAGUGGCAAAGCUAUACAUACACGUAGAGAAUUUCUUGUCUAACAAAAUGACCAGUAAAGAUAGUGAUGUAAGUGACUGUACUUUUACUUAUUUUUUUGAAUUGAAUGCCAAUAGCAUGUAAAGGCAAUGUGAUGCUGAAUGACUUAUGUACAUCUAAUAAUAUUUUUCUUCUCAAUGAAAUAAGUUAAUUUCAAUAAUGUAUCAGUAAAUGUAAAGUCUAUGCGUUAUGAAAAGUAAAGAGUUAAAGAUAUCUUUAAUUUGGAUAAUCGCUUUGCAUUAUUGUAAUGGUUACUGUGCCAAAUCGCAUGAACCUAAAUUCAUUAAGGCAACAGAUAUUUUUGCUUGUAAAAUCUCAAUUUCCGAAAGAGGCUUAAAGUGUUGCUUUGUUACAAUUUUUAUUUGUUUAAUUCAUCUCUUCAAUCAACGUUUAAUAGACUGUUCUCAUAUCCAUUGCGCCUGAUCUUCCCUAAUUUAGUUAAAACCUUUGGUAUCAAUGACAAACUUGUUUCCGUUCACCAUGUGGAUAAAAUGAAAAGAAGUGUGAUGUAAUUUCUGCAGUAAAUAAAUGCCUUGAAAGUAUGAAUAA